UGCGCGUUGUCCUCGGAACCCGGCGGCGGGCUCCCCGCAGCCCUGCAUCCGCUAGCGCCGGGCUACGGAGGCGGCGCCGGCCAUUCGCUCGCUGCGCCGCCUGGAGCCUGAGCCAGCCCGGGAGAGAGAAGGCUCCUGAGUUUAUUGAAGAGGAAGGAAAAGAAGUGGUUUCACCUUUGGGAGUGCUGUCUCCGCCCUGGCUGCCCCCGUGCCCGGGGUGGCAUCAUGACCCCAUAGAUCCAGUGAAGUUCAAGGUGUUUUCUGGAGCGGCCUAGUCCUGCUCUGCCUGGAGCCAAGAGUCUCUGCAGUGGGUUUCAUGCUGCAGCGGGGACCAUGGCAGCCUCCAGGACGGCCUCUCGGUCUCCGCGGGACAUUGCCAACGUGAUGCAGAGGCUGCAGGAUGAGCAAGAGAUAGUACAAAAACGAACUUUCACAAAAUGGAUCAACUCUCAUCUGGCCAAGCGGAAACCCGCACUGGUGGUAGAAGAUCUUUUUGAGGACAUGAAAGAUGGUGUUAAGCUGCUUGCUCUCCUGGAAGUCCUGUCGGGGCAGAAACUGCCGUGUGAACAAGGACGCCGUAUGAAGCGGAUCCACGCUGUGGCUAACAUCGGCACUGCGCUGAAGUUCCUUGAAGGAAGGAGGAUCAAAUUAGUCAACAUUAACUCCACUGAUAUUGCCGACGGCCGACCCUCAAUAGUUCUGGGACUGGUGUGGACCAUUAUUCUCUACUUCCAGAUCGAGGAGCUGACCAGCAACCUGCCGCAGCUGCAGGCCCUGUCCAGCAGCACGUCCUCCGUGGACAGCACGGUCAGCUCCGAGGCCGCCAGCCCCCCCAGCAAGCGGAAGGUGGCCACCAAGAUCCAAGGAAACGCCAAGAAGGCUUUGUUAAAGUGGGUUCAGUACACAGCAGCCAAGCAGACCGGAAUAGAAAUCAAAGACUUCGGGCGGAGUUGGAGGAACGGGGUUGCCUUUCAUUCAGUCAUCCAUGCUAUCCGGCCAGAGCUCGUGGACUUGGAGAGGGUGAGAGGAAGGUCCAACCGAGAAAACCUGGAGGAGGCUUUCACCAUUGCUGAAACGGAGCUGGGGAUCCCCAGGUUACUAGAUCCCGAAGAUGUUGAUGUGGAUAAACCAGAUGAGAAGUCUAUUAUGACCUAUGUAGCCCAGUUUCUGAAACACUAUCCUGACGUCCACAAUACAGGCACUGAUGGACUAGAGAAUGAUAGAGAAGACAGGCUAAUGCUGAAGGAAACGAAAGUGUGGAUAGAGCAAUUCGAAAGAGAUUUGACAAGGGCACAGAUGACAGAAGCAAACUUGCAGGAUAAAUAUCAGUCAUUCAAGCACUUCAGAGUCCAAUAUGAAAUGAAAAGGAAACAGAUUGAACAUUUAAUACAACCAUUACAGAGAGACGGUAAAUUGUCACUUGACCAAGCAUUGGUGAAACAGUCCUGGGAUCGAGUGUCCUCCAGGCUCUUUGAUUGGCACAUACAGCUGGAUAAAUCUCUCCCUGCACCUCUGGGCACUAUAGGUGCCUGGUUGUACAGGGCAGAGGUGGCCCUGCGGGAGGAAAUCACCAUUCAGCAGGUCCAUGAGGAAACCGCCAACACAAUACAGCGGAAGCGUGAGCAGCACAAGGAUCUGCUUCAAAACACAGAUGCCCACAAAAGAGCCUUCCAUGAAAUCUACCGGACCCGGUCGGUCAACGGCAUCCCAGUGCCACCUGACCAGUUAGAGGACAUGGCCGAGAGGUUUCAUUUCGUUUCCUCCACAUCAGAACUGCACUUAAUGAAAAUGGAAUUUCUAGAAUUAAAGUACCGUCUGCUCUCACUGCUGGUUCUUGCAGAGUCGAAGCUGAAGUCUUGGAUCAUCAAAUACGGGAGGAGAGACUCGGUGGAGCUGCUGCUGCAGAACUACAUCACUUUUAUAGAAAAUAGCAAGUUCUUUGAACAAUAUGAAGUGACAUACCAGAUCUUGAAACAGACAGCAGAGAUGUACGUCAAAGCUGAUGGUUCAGUGGAAGAAGCCGAGAAUGUGAUGAAAUUCAUGAAUGAAACCACUGCGCAGUGGAGGAACCUGUCGGUGGAAGUCCGCAGCGUGCGGAGCAUGCUGGAGGAAGUCAUCGCCAACUGGGAUCGCUAUGGCGACACUGUGGCCGGGCUGCAGGCCUGGCUAGAGGAUGCCGAAAAAAUGCUAAGUCAAUCGGAGCUUGCCAAAAAGGACUUUUUUCGAAAUUUGCCUCAUUGGAUACAGCAACACUCUGCCAUGAAUGAUGCUGGCAAUUUUCUCAUUGAAACGUGUGACGAGGUGGUUUCCCGUGACCUUAAACAGCAGUUAUUAUUGCUCAAUGGGCGCUGGAGGGAGCUGUUCAUGGAAGUCAAGCAAUAUGCGCGAGCUGAUGAGGUGGACAGGAUGAAGAGGGAAUACACAGACUGUGUCACUGCCCUGUCUGACUUUGCAACUGAAGCCCACAGGAAGCUUUCCGAACCCUUGGAAGUCUCUUUUAUUAACGUCAAGUUAUUAAUUCAAGACCUGGAGGACAUUGAGCAGAGGAUACCUGUGAUGGAUGCUCAGUACAAGAUCCUCACAAAGACAGCGCACCUCGUUACCAAAGAGAGCUCCCAAGAGGAAGCUAAGGAAAUGUUUGCGACCAUGUCUGGGCUCAAAGAGCAGCUGACCAAGGUCAAAGAACGUUACUCCCCACUCCUGUAUGAGUCUCAGCAGCUGUCAGUUCUGCUGGAGGAACUAGAAAAGCAGAUGACGCUCUUCUAUGACUCACUUGGGAAAAUCAGUGAGAUUAUAACAGUGCUUGAGCACGAGGCACAGUCUAGUGCUCUUUUUAAACAAAAACACCAGGAGCUGCUAGCUUGUCAGGAAAGCUGUAAGAAGGCCAUGGCACACAUUGAGAAAGGCAGUCAGAGUGUUCAGAAGUUUGUGACCUUGAGCCACGUGCUGAAGCAUUUUGAUCAGACGAAGCUGCAGAGAAAGACUGCUGAAGUCCACGUGGCCUUCCAGAAUAUGGUCAAGAAAACUGGAGACUGGAAGAAACAUGUGGAAACCAACAGCCGCCUGAUGAAGAAGUUUGAGGAGUCUCGGGCGGAGCUGGAGAAGGUGCUGCGGGUGGCACAGGAGGGCCUGGAGGAGAAGGGGGACCCGGAAGAGCUCCUGUGGAGACACACCGAGUUCUACGGUCAGCUGGACCAGAGGGUGCUCAACGCCUUCCUGAAAGCCUGCGACGACCUCACAGACAUCCUGCCUGAGCAGGAGCAGGCGGGCCUGCAGGAGGCGGUGAGGAAGCUGCACAAGCAGUGGAAGGAUCUUCAAGGAGAAGCCCCAUAUCAUUUGCUCCAUCUGAAGAUCAAGGUGGAGGAGAAUAAAUUCUUGGCCUGUGUGGAAGAAUGCAGAACUGAGCUGGCCCGGGAGACCAAGCUGGUGCCCCAGGAAGGCAGUGAAAAGAUGAUUAAAGAGCACAGGAUCUUCUUCAGUGACAAAGGGCCGCAUCACCUCUGCGAGAAAAGGCUGCAGCUCAUUGAGGAGCUGUGUCUGAAGCUCCCAGGCCGGGACCCAGUAAGGGACACGCCUGGAGCCUGUCAGGCGACGCUCAAGGAGCUCAGGGCUGCCAUCGAGAGCACCUACACGCAGCUGGUGGAGGACCCCGACAAGUGGAAGGACUACACCAGCAGAAUUUCCGAGUUCUCAUCUUGGAUCGCUGCAAAGGAGACACAGCUGAAGGGGAUUAAGAAGGAGGCCAUCAAUACCGCCAACCAUGGAGAGGUGAAGCGGGCGGUUGAGGAGAUAAGAAAUGGUGUUACCCAAAAAGGUGAGACUCUUGGCUGGCUGAAAUCCAGGCUUCAAGUUUUGAUUGAAGUUUCUUCUGAGAAAGAAGCCCAGAAGCAGGGCGAUGAGCUGGCAAAAGUAUCUAGUUCCUUCAAGGCUCUCACAACUUUAUUGUCAGAGAUUGAAAAGAUGUUAAGCAGUUUCGGGGACUGUGUCCAGUACAAAGAAAUCGUCAAGAGUUCCCUCAAAGAGUUAAUUUCUGGUUCCAAGGAAGUCCAGGAGCAAGCGGAGGAGAUCUUGGACACGGAAAACCUGUUUGAAGCACAGCAGCUACUUCUUCAUCACCAGCAAAAGACAAAGAGAAUCUCUGCAAAGAAGAGGGAUGUGCAGCAGCAGAUGACGCAGGCCGGGCAGGGAGAAGGCGGGCUGCCUGGCCCGGUGCAGGAGGAGCUGCGGAAGCUGGAGAGCACCCUGGACGGCCUGGAGCGCAGCAGGGAGAGGCAAGAGCGCCGCAUCCAGGUCACAUUAAGAAAAUGGGAGCGAUUUGAAACCAACAAAGAGACAGUGGUCAGAUACCUAUUUCAAACAGGUUCCAGCCACGAGCGCUUCUUGAGUUUUAGCAGUUUGGAAAGUUUGUCUUCAGAACUGGAACAGACAAAGGAGUUUUCUAAGCGGACAGAAGGUAUUGCAGUCCAGGCUGAGAGCCUUGUGAAGGAAGCUUCAGAGAUACCCCUUGGGCCCAAGAAUAAGCAGCUGCUCCAACAGCAGGCCAAAUCAAUCAAAGAACAAGUCAAAAAGUUAGAAGACACACUCGAAGAAGAUAUUAAAACCAUGGAAAUGGUGAAAACCAAGUGGGAACAUUUUGGCAAUAAUUUUGAGACCCUGUCCGUCUGGAUAACUGAGAAAGAAAAAGAACUCAAUACCUUGGAAACCUCGCCAUCUGCCAUGGACAUGCAAACCAACCAGAUUAAGGUCACGAUUCAGGAAAUAGAAAGUAAGAUCGGCAGCAUCACAGGGCUGGAAGAAGAAGCGCAGUCUUUUGCCCAGUUUAUUACCACUGGAGAAUCAGCCCGCAUCAAGGCCAAGUUGACACAACUAAGAAGAUACUGGGAAGAACUUCGAGAGCACGCACAGGGUCUGGAAGGAACAAUCCUGGGACAGGUCUCUCAGCAGCAAAAGUUUGAAGAGAAUCUUAGAAAGGCCCAGCAGUCUGUGUCUGAAUUUGAAGAUAAACUUGCUGAUCCAAUUAAAACAUGUUCUUCAGCUACAGAAACAUACAAAGCUCUCCAAGAACAUAUGGAUCUCUGCCAGGCCCUGGAGUCCCUGAGCAGUGCCUUGGCUGCUCUCUCUGCUGGUGCCCAGAAGGUCGUGAGCAGAGGUUGCUCUGUCCAGGAGGCCGCGGCCCUGCAGCAGAGAUACCAGGGGCUGCUGAGUCGGGCGAAGGAGAGACAGAUGGCGCUGGAGAACCUGCUGGCCCACUGGCAGCGGCUGGAGAAAGAGCUGUCGACCUUUCUGACCUGGCUGGAGCGCUGCGAAGCCAUAGCCGGCUCCCCGGAAGUGGACGUCACUGCAGACAGGGUCAAAGUGGAGAGCGAACUUCAAUUGACACAGGCACUGCAAAGUGAAGUUGUAUGCCAGGCCUCCAACUACAGCAACCUUGUGCAACUGAAGGAAUCACUGUUCUCAGUGGCCUCCAAAGAUGAUGUGAAAAUGAUGAAACUACAUUUGGAGCAGUUGGAUGAGAGAUGGAGAGUUUUGCCACAGAUACUUAGCAAAAGGCUUCACUUCCUGCAGUCUGUGGUCGCUGAGCACCAGCAGUUUGAUGAAUUGCUGCUUUCCUUCUCCGUCUGGAUUAAGCAGUUUCUCGGUGAAUUACAAGCCACGUCUGAGAUCAGCUUAAUGGACCAUCAGGACCACGCAGCAGAAGUCGAAAGCAAAAGGGGGGAACUGCAAAGUCUGCAGGGGCACCUCGCGAAGCUGGGCGCUCUGGGUCGAGCCGAGGACCUUCACGUCCUGCAGGGCAAAGCAGAGGACUGCUUCCAGCUGUUCGAGGAGGCCGGCCAGGUGGUGGAGAGGCGGCAGCUGGCCCUGGCCCAGUUGGCUGGGUUCCUGCAGAGCCACACCUCUCUGUCAGAGGCGCUCCACCGGCUGAGGCAGACGGUGGAAGCAACCAACAGUAUGAAUAAGAAACAGACUGACUUAUUAGAAAAGGACCUACAUGAUGCUAUUCAAGACGUGAAGACGUUAGAAUCUACUGCCAUCGGUCUGGACGGCGUUCUCACCAAAGCCCAAUACCAUCUUAAAUGUGGAAGCUCUGGGCAAAGGACUUCCUGCAGAACCUCAGCUGAUCACCUCUGCUUGGAGUUAGAGAGGAUCCAGAACCUUCUGGGAACCAAGCAGAGUGAGGCAGACGCCCUGGCAUCAUUGAAGAAAGCAUUCCAAGACCAGAGAGAGGAGUUGCUGAAAAGCAUCGAGGACAUCGAAGAGAGGGCUGACAAAGAGCGUCUGAAAGAACCCACCCGCCAAGCGCUCCAACAGAGGUUGAGAGUCUUCAAUCAGUUAGAAGAUGAACUGAAUUCUCAUGAGCAUGAGCUAUGUUGGUUGAAAGACAAAGCUAAGCAAAUUGCUCAGAAAGAUGUAGCCUUUGCACCUAAAGUUGAUACAGAGAUAAAUCGCUUAGAGGUCACCUGGGAUGAUACCAAAAAGCUAAUUCAUGAAAACCAGGGCCAAUGCUGUGGGCUUAUUGACUUAAUGAGAGAUUAUCAGAACUUGAAGUCAGCUGUAUCUAAAGUUCUAGAACAUGCCAGCAGUGUGAUUGCAACCAGAACUACUAUAAAGGAUGAGGAGGAUCUUAAAUGGGCCUUAUCCAAGCAUGAAACUGCCAGGAACGAAAUGUGUAAGGAGCACAAAGAAUUGGAUGACUUUACCAGUAAAGGAAAGCAGUUGUUAUCUGAGCUGAAAAAAAUUCACAGUAGUGAUUUCAUCUUGGUGAAAACAGACAUGGAGAGCACUAUGGACAGAUGGCUGGAUUUUAUAGAAGCGGACCUAAGGCAGAAACUGGAGCACGCCAAAGAAAUUACCGAAGACGCAAAAGGGACCUUGAAAGAUUUCAGGGCUCAGAGCACACAAGUGGAGAAAUUUAUUAACGACAUAACAACCUGGCUGGCGAAACUAGAAGAGUCCCUGGUGAACUGCGCCCAAACUGAGACUUGUGAAGGACUGAAGAAAGUAAAGGUAGAGUCCAUGAAGGAGUUCCAAGAAUGGUUUUCUGGAAUAAAAGCAGCAGCAAAAAAAUCAUCAGACAGAACUGGUGACAGCAAAGUUCUAGAGGCGAAGCUUCGCGACCUUCAGACCAUUUUGGACUCGGUCGGUAAUGGGCAGCGCAAGCUUGAUGCCGUGACUCAGGAAGGACAAACGUUGUAUGCACAUUUGCCUAAACAAAUGGUCAGUAGCAUUCAGGAGCAGAUUACCAAGGCAAACGAGGAGUUUCAAGCAUUUCUGAGACAGUGCCUCAAAGACAAGCAGGCUCUUCAAGACUGCGCCCUGGAACUUGGGAGCUUUGAGGACCAGCACAGAAAACUGAAUUUAUGGAUCCAUGAAAUGAAUGAGAGGUUAAGCUCAGAAAACUCAGGAGAGAGUAAACAGCACAUUCCUGAGAAGAAAAACGAAGUUCAUAGGAUUGAAAUGUUUCUGGGUGAACUCCUGGCUGCCAGAGAGUCUCUGGACAAGCUCUCGCAGCGCGGGCAGCUGCUCAGCGAGGAAGGCCACGGCGCCGGGAAGGAAGGGCGCCUGUGCUCCCAGCUGCUCACCAGCUACCAGGGCCUGGUCAGGAUGACCAAGGAGAAGCUGCGCCGCUGCCAGGCGGCCCUGCAGGAGCAUGAGGCCCUGGAGGAGGCCCUGCAGAGCAUGUGGGCCUGGGUGAAGGGCGUGCAGGACAAGCUGGCCUGCGCAGACAGCACCGUGGGAAGCAAGGACACCCUGGAAAAACGGCUGUUACAGAUACAGGACAUCCUCCUGAUGAAAGGGGAAGGGGAAGUCAAGCUGAAUAUGGCCAUUGGCAAAGGGGAACAGGCCUUGAGAAGUAGCAACAAAGAAGGUCAGAAGGUGAUCCAGACCCAGCUACAGACCCUUACAGACGUGUGGGCCAACGUCAUGAGCUCCUCCGUCCACGCUCAGAGCACUUUAGAGGCUGUGAUUAGCCAAUGGAAUGACUACCUGGAAUGGAAAAACCAGUUGGAGCAGUGGAUGGAAUCCGUAGACCAAAAAGUGGAGCAUCCCUUGAAACCGCAGCCAGGUCUGAAAGAGAAGUUUUGCCUUCUGGACCACUUCCAGUGCAUCGUCUCAGAGGGCGAGGAUCACGCCGCAGCCCUGCACCGCCUCACUGCCAGGUCCAGGGAGCUCUACCAGAAGACGGAGGAUGCGUCUUUCACGGAGACGGCUCAAGAGGAGCUGAAAACACAGUUUAAUGAUAUAAUGACCGUUGCCAAGGAGAAAAUGCGGAGCGCGGAGGAGAUGGUGAAGGACCACCUCCUGUAUGUGGACGCCGUGCAGGAGUUCACAGACUGGCUCCACUCGGCCAAGGAGGAGCUUCACCGCUGGUCGGACCCAUCUGGAGACUCGUCCGCCACCCAGAAAAAGUUGUCCAAAAUUAAGGUCAGAAAGUGGACCGAUACC